GCGGGGGCCCCGGUCAGGGCGGGAAAGCGGGCCGCGAUGGGGGACGUGCAUGACGUGCCGCGGCCGCGUAUCGCCACCGGCCACCUGGCGCAGUAUAUCGGGCAGCCUGUCUGCUUCGUGGGCCGCGUGGAGAAGAUUCAUCCCACUGGGAAACUCUUUGUCCUUUCGGAUGGGGAAGGAAAGCAUACAACUGUGGAGCUGAGCGAGCCGCUAGAUGAAGAGAUAUCAGGAGUUCUUGAAGUAGUGGGAAGAGUAACAAAUCAGGCAACCAUCAUGUGUAUGUCAUAUGUCCAGUUCAGAGAAGAUAAAAGUCCUUUUGAUCUGGAACUCUACAAUGAAGCAAUAAAAAUUAUUCAUGAAUUCCCUGAAUACUUCCCAUUUGGUCCUAUGAGGAACAAUUGAUUCUUCUUAGUGUUUAUUUGGAACUUCAAAGAAGACAACAACACCAUAGCUUUCUUGUCCGACAGCAUGAUAAGUUGCAUAGAUUUCCAAAUAAUAUACUGAAAAGAUGCUGUUAAAUAUGCCACAUGUGGCCAGUGAAAAACAUUUUCAUUGAAAAUGAGUUUAUUCAGUCAGAAGCAGAACACUUCUGUGGCAAUCUUACUGUUUGUAUAUAUUUAAACCCUUUGAAUCCAUAAGAAAUUCUCUUGCAAGAUUUGAGUUGCUAGAAACUGAAGUUUUUGUAGGCUUUUUUUGUUCUUGUUAUUAGUGAUUCUAGGAUGCUUAGCAGGAAACUCCUAUUGAAGACACUGGGCAUUUAAUAGAAAGAUAUUUUUUUUAACUCGCUAUUUACUUUGAUAUGACUUUUAACUCUAUACCCAAUAAACUUAUAUUUUGCAUCUUGGUAAUGGCCACUCAUCCAAUUUAAAAAAAGAAAAAAAAACUGACUGCAUUUAACUAUUAGUGUCAAUAUUAUAUCUUAGAGUGCAAUUUUCAAUGAUACGUAGUGAUCCUGUUUUAUUUUACCUCACACAAGUUCUACCUUACAAGUUCUAAUUCUAACAUAACGCAGUGUACAGGAUACUUGCCUUUUGCACUGAUGUUCAUGAUGCUGAAAAUGUCUAAUUAGGCUUGGUGAUUUCAAGCACUGUUGAGUUCCAUCAAACCCCUUGAUCUUGGUGGGAGCUUAAGCAGAAGUACCAAGCAUUUAACAGGCAUGUCAUGACUACUUUAAUCAUAUAAACUUCCACAGAGCUCCCAACUUUGUUAUUCUCCAAGCUACUUAGUACAUGACAGAACUCUUAGAUCUCUUAAGGUAGCACAAAGUAAAAAAAAGUAACUUCUGAAAUGUUCUCUGUGAAUUAAUGAAUAACAUAUUUCAAAGCAUUUUAAAUCUCUUUAGUAUCCAUGUUGAUUAACCUUUCAUAUGAACAGUUUUGAGCUUUAAUAUUUAGAUAUAGUGCCUUAUUAAGAAUGCUAGUUUUAUGGUUAUUUAUGGAGAGACAAUUUGUAAGUGUUUGAUAUCUUGAAUCAAGGAGCAUUUUACUUUUUUUGACUCUUUACUCACGUAUCAGUUACUGCGAACUGCAGUACUACCAGAAUAUGUACAAGACAUUAGUGGAUUAGUUCAGCCAGCCAGCCAUCAAGUUAACAAGUUAUCCAUUUUUUUCCCUUCUGUAAUUAGGAGACAGAUAGUACCAAAGUUAUUGUCAUUGAGAAGGAGGAGGGCUUUUGAGGUAUAAGUCUUGUACUGCAAACUAGAGCAAGAAGGUCCAUGUUGGAUGCUACCAUGCUUUGUGCUAUAUUGCUAUCACUGCUAUAAUUUAGGGCUCAACAAUGUUCAAUAAAACAAAAUGUCACUUAAUAA